UAAAAAUCAAUAUUUAAAUAAGGAUUUAUAAAUACACACGUCAGCUUAUAUAAGCGAAUUGUCAUAAAAUGUGGUAAUAGUUUGAUGCAGAUGUGCAUUUGCGAAGCGGAAAAUGCGGUCGAUAAAAAUGGUUAAUAUAAAUAUUUCAUCUCACUAAAUCGCUUUUCUUGAAAAUGUGUGUUAAAUUUGUGAAUAAUCAAUGAAUAACAAAAGUGUAACAGCGAGGUAAAACUUAAAAAACAAUAGAUGGAAACUUAUUUUGCUAAAAGAACAGUCGUUACUACAACCUCUGCAAAAAGUAAUGUUAGAAACAAGCGAAGAAACUAUAGCUUUCAGGAAGAAGAUAUUAUUAUUAUUGAAUAAAUUAAACUUGGAAUCACAAUCUUUGCCUAAUGACAUCAAAGAAGGAUUACAAAAAAUAGCCUUGCUUUUAAGGUAUGAAAAGCUAAGUGAUUUUGAUGCUAUUACUCUGAAUAUAGUGAGUGAAAGGAAGAAAAUAGAAGAAAAGAAGAGACAGUAUGAAGAAAAACAGUUGGCGUUAUUAUAUGAUGAUCAUUCUAGAAAAUAUACUAUUUUUUCAAGGAAACUUAAUUGUUUGCAAGAGGCUGUAAAUUCACUUGAAAGCAUUAUUGAGGAUUCUCAGAAAGAGCAAGCGGAUAUUCACUGUAACCAUGUUUCAUUAUUUACAAAGUUAAAAGAAUAUCAGCAAACUGCAGAAAAGUUAGAAACUGACUUAGCAGAUAUGCAAGUAGAAGAUCUUUAUCUCAAAAAAAUAUUAAAUAAGUAUCAUAGGUAUUUAGAAAUGUCAGAUGAAUUAGCAGAACUUAAUCAAUAUUUUAGUUAAUAUAGAGAUUUACCACCAAGUUUACUACAAGCUAAACCUCUAGUUGUAAUUAAAAAAAAGGAAUAUGAAACUUUAAAGAACACCUUUUUGGAGAAAGCAAAAUGAAUGAUAGGUGUAACAGUAUUGUUAAUCAAUAUCUUACUUUAUAACUUUUUCACUUUUAUACAAUAACAAAGAAAAAAUGUUGUAUGUACAAACAUAUCUAAUACAAGUCUUCUAUAUUUAAAAACCAUA